AUGAAGGAAUCAGCAGAGAAGGAAGCAUCGCAAAGUGGGAAUGAGCAGACGAGUUCAAUGAAUGAGUUGAAGGAAUCACCACAGUCCCCCUGA